GCCAGUGUGCGUCACAAUACCCUUUGAAUGAUGUAAAGGAAUCAGGCCCUGCCACUCUGCAGUUGAUCCAGCAGCAGGAGGCAGCUGUAACCAUCACUGUCCUCAGAGUACUUUUAAGAACAAGGAGGUCUCUGCCCACGGCAGCCCAAGCAGAUUCCCAUCCAUCAUGACUGCCAUCCGACUACGAGAAUUUAUUGAGCGUCGCCCAGUGAUCCCGCCAAGUAUAUUCAUCGCUCACCAAGGAAGAGACGUUCAAGGCUAUUACCCUGGGCAGCUGGCAAGACUCCAUUUUGAUCAUAGUGCAAAGAGAGCUCCCAGACCUCUCAUAGACUUGACAAUUCCACCCAAGACAAAAUAUCACUAUCAGCCUCAAUUAGACCAACAAACACUCAUUCGAUAUAUUUGUCUUCGAAGACAUUCAAAGCCUGCUGAGCCAUGGUAUAAAGAAACCACUUACCGAAGAGACUACUCUCUGCCGUUUUAUGAGAUUGAUUGGAACCAGAAAUUAGCCACAGUUUCACUGAAUCCUCGACCGCUUAAUUCACUGCCAGAGCUCUGCUGUUGUGAAGAGAGAAGCAGCUUUGAAAGAAAUGCUUUUAAACUAAAAUAACCACGGCAUUCGAACAAAAUAACGUUUGGCAUUCUUAGGUGGCUCUUUUAGACUAAGUUAAUGGCAGCAGAACUACUUUCAGUUUCAGUGUGUAUACAGAUGGCUAUAAUCCUAAAAUAUUUACAUGUUGCAAAUUCUUUGCAGAUUAAGUUGGUCAGCUUAGAACAGGGAAUCAAGAUCUAUCCUUAAGAGAACUUGAAUUUAAGCCCCACUCCCAGUCUUAUUGCUGAUGCUGGCAAGCUAUCUUACAUUUAGGCCAAUGUAUACGCGGGAUCAGGUAAGAAGAUCAUUGUGUCUGCACAAUAAUUGCAUCACUGUUGGGAAAAAUUAAAAAAAGAACCUGGGGGACAUGGUCAAUUAGAAAGAAAACUGGCACUGGAGACCCUCAAGGGGCUGUGGAUGGAGAAACCCAGGUGUAGCCUGAGGCUGUAGCGAGAUGUGGGACUGAUACAAAGGAUUAACUGAGAGUCUGUGUACAGGAGUUAGCACCCCUAUCUUGGCAAGAAGAAAGCCUGACAACUAGGCAUCAGCUCCUCAGGCAGAAAGCUAAAGGGUCUUCUCUAGGGAGAGGAAAGAAUCCCAAAGGAAAAAAACC